CUAGCGUCUUCUCAACUAGAGUCUCAUCGGUUCUCCGGCGUGCUAUCUUGGCUUGACACCACUACAUGCUCUCUCGUACAGUCCGCGCUGCGGUGCAGAAAUGCGCAUCUUCCACGAGGCAUCCUACCUCUGCUUCCUUCACGACCACCGCUCGUCUGCUGGCAUCCAAAGGCAAAAAGGUGGCGCAGUCAGAAGACAGGAUCAACUACAAUGACCAGUACUCCUUCUCCGAUAUACCAGACCCGGAGCACGUCAACUACAAGCACGUCACUGCGAAUGACCUCGAGAAGGAGAGCGAACCCCCGCGUCGGGUGAAGAUGCUUGUGCGGGACUUCAUAGAGGACUCGUUAUACAACCCGAACUACGGGUACUUCUCGAAGCAGGCAACCAUCUUCACCGCCGCCGAACCCAUCGACUUCACGGCCAUAAGAAACAUGUCGGCAUUCGAGGCUGAAGUUGCGAACCGUUACGCGGAGUACGGUGUGGACCAAGAUGGGCCAGGGAAGCAGAUAUGGCACACUCCGACGGAGCUCCUCAAACCUUGGUAUGGCCGCGCCCUGGCUCAAUGUCUAGUCUCGGAGUACCUCCUCAAGUACUUCCCGUAUGAGGACUUCGUGAUAUAUGAGAUUGGAGCCGGAAACGGGACACUUGCCUUGAACAUGCUCGACUACAUCCAGGAGGAGUACCCCGACGUAUACGAGCGGACGCGGUACAACAUUAUCGAGAUCAGCGAGAACCUCUCAAAGUUGCAGCGGCAGAAACUAGAGUCUAAGCAUCCGUGUGUUACCAUUCAUAACAAGAGUAUAUUCCGCUGGGAUACCCGAGAACCCGCCCCUUGUUAUUUUGUGGCAAUGGAAGUCAUCGACAACUUCGCACACGAUAUGAUACGUUAUGACCUCCGCACCCUAGAGCCGUACCAAGGCCUCGUCACGAUCGACGCGAACGGAGACUUCAGCACGUACUACACAAAGAUCACGGAUCCACUCAUCAGCUCCUUCCUCGACUUACGCCGCUACCUCAGCCACCCACCACCAGUCCACCGCCUGCUCAAGCUCUCGCAGACAUUCCGUACAUUCUACACGAACCUCCCCUUCGCACCGAACCUCUCACCCCCCGAGUUCGUUCCAACGCGGCUACUGACGCUCCUCCGCACUCUCCGACGACAUUUCCCCCGACACCGCCUCCUCCUCUCCGAUUUCUCCUCCCUCCCCGACACGAUCCCCGGCGUCAACGCCCCGGUCGUGCAGACGCGGUACCAGAACACGACCGUGCCAUGUACGACACUGCUCGUCAAGCAGGGCUACUUCGACAUCUUCUUCCCAACGCACUUCGAGAACCUGCGCGACAUGUACGAGCACAUCCUCGCGCAGCCGCUCCCGCCCACGCCCGAGCCCUCGGAGGACCGCGGCGACGACGCGCGCGUGACGCCGCUCGGGAUGACCGCGUCCGCGCUCGCGGCGGGGAACAGCUUCUUCUCGUCGUACCACCCGAAGAACCGGCGGCCGCCCGUGGACGGGAUCGCGUCGAGCAGCGGGCUGCCGGUGGGCGAGCGCAAGUCCGCGGUGUACUCGCACGCGGAGUUCAUGAAGACGUAUGCGGACCUGGGACGGACGCGCCUCCGGAGCGGCGAGAACCCUCUGUUGGAUACGUACGAGAAUGUAAAGUUCUUGUUUUGAAUUUUUCUGCAGCGCGAGCGCACUUUGGGUUGUCCGCGCUUGGCUUUCAAGAGCCGUGC